AUAAUGCUGAUGUUGCUUUAGUAAAUUUUUAUGCUGACUGACCCUACCUAUCCCAGACGGGAGACUUAAGAUGCUAAAGAGGAAAGAACCACUUGAAAGCAGGAGUCUGAAGAUACAGAUUGUGUCUCCUUGAUAUAUUCUAGGACAUCUCCUUAGGAAGUCAGGUGUCGUUUCAGCCAGAUGUUGCAUCCAAUUUUUGAGGAAGCAUCUGAUGUCAUUAAGGAAGAAUAUCCAGAUAAAAAUCAAGUAGUGUUUGCCAGAGUUGAUUGUGAUCAGCACUCUGAUAUAGCCCAGAGGUACAGGAUAAGCAAAUACCCAACCCUCAAAUUAUUUCGCAAUGGAAUGAUGAUGAAGAGAGAAUACAGGGGCCAACGAUCAGUGAAAGCGCUCGCAGACUACAUCAGGCAACAGAAAAGUAACCCAGUUCACGAGAUUCAAAGUAUAGAUGAAGUCACCACUCUUGAUCGCAGUAAGAGAAAUAUCAUUGGAUACUUUGAGCAGAAGGAUUCAGACAAUUACAGAGUUUUUGAAAGAGUAGCAAGUAUUUUGCAUGAUGACUGUGCCUUCCUUUCUGCUUUUGGAGAUGUUUCAAAACCAGAAAGGUACAGUGGAGACAAUUUAAUCUACAAACCACCAGGGCGUUCUGUGCCAGACAUGGUGUACUUGGGAUCUAUGACGAAUUUUGACGUAACUUACAACUGGAUUCAAGACAAAUGUGUCCCUCUUGUCCGAGAAAUAACUUUUGAAAAUGGAGAGGAAUUGACAGAAGAAGGACUGCCUUUUCUCAUACUCUUCCACAUGAAAGAGGAUACAGAAAGUUUAGAAAUAUUCCAGAAUGAAGUAGCCCGGCAAUUAAUAAGUGAAAAAGGUACAAUAAAUUUCUUACAUGCAGAUUGUGACAAAUUUAGACAUCCUCUUCUGCAUAUCCAGAAAACUCCAGCAGAUUGCCCUGUCAUAGCUAUUGACAGUUUUAGGCAUAUGUAUGUUUUUGGAGACUUUAAGGAUGUAUUAGUUCCUGGAAAGCUCAAGCAGUUUGUAUUUGACCUGCAUUCUGGAAAACUGCACAGAGAAUUCCAUCAUGGACCUGACCCAACUGAUACAGCCCCAGGAGAGCAAGACCAGGAUGUAGCGAGCAGUCCUCCAGAGAGCUCCUUCCAGAAGCUGGCGCCCAGCGAGUAUAGGUAUACUUUAUUGAGGGAUCGAGAUGAGCUGUAAAAACUCAGAACACUGCAAGCCCUUCAACAGCAGCAUUGGCUUAUGUGGUGGAAAUAGUAAACCUAUAUUUUCAUAAUUCUAUGUGUAUUUUUAUUUUGAAUAAACUGAAAGAAGUUUUGAGUUUUUAAUUUUUUCCUCCCCCUGACUCAAAUGCAUUGUCAUUUAAUACAGCCUCUUUUUUAAAAAUCUGCUAGGGCUUAAAAAAAUACAAUAAAAACCAGAGGCCUAUCUCCACUUUCAA